AUGAUGGAGUACGCGCAGUAUCAGCAGCCUCACCACCCCCACAACCAUGCCCAAUCGCACCUGCAGAAUGCCUACUCGACGCCCUCGCAGUCGGCUGCCCAGGGAACCAUAACCUCGCCGAACCAGCAGACGCAGAUGCACCAGCAGCACAACCAGACGUCGCCCAUCCUACCCUCGCAGACGAACCCCUACUCGCAGCAAGGCACGCCCAAUGCCGCAGGCCACCAGGUGCAACCGAUGGGAUAUCCCUCGGCCGCGGGUUACGGUGUGAAUAUGCACCAACAGUACGGCAUGUCGGCCUCCCAGGCAGCCGCCGCAAUGGCGACUGCGGCAGCGGCAGGCCCGGGCUACUUCCCCAUGGGCGACGGCGGCAUGCAAGGGCAGCUGAGCCAGGACCCGCGCGCUUCGCCUAGGAUAGGAGCGGGUGCUCAGGUCAAGCCAGACCCGCGAGGACCCCGCUCGCCGCCACAGGUCUCCAACAACAUGAGCGGCCAGACUGCCAUUCCACCGCAGGUUCAGCUGCAGCAGAGCCUACCGCGCCGCAUGAGCCAGCAGAUUACUAGCCCCGCCAUGCCGCAACAGCCUCAGCAGUCGAUGAACCCGGCUGCAAGCAGGCCCUCGGCGCCGCCGCAACUUCCCCCGCAAGCGCCUGCAGUCCAGCAACACCAAUCGUCUCCGGAUCUCGGUUCAGGCGCAGCAGAAGAAUCGCCGCUUUACGUCAACGCCAAGCAAUUCCAUCGCAUCUUGAAGAGGCGCAUGGCGCGUCAAAAGCUCGAGGAAGCUCUGCGCCUGACUUCGAAGGGUCGCAAGCCGUAUCUGCACGAAUCGCGUCACAACCAUGCCAUGCGCCGUCCUCGAGGACCCGGAGGACGCUUCCUGACGGCUGACGAGGUUGCUGCGAUGGAGAAGUCGAAGCACUCGGGUGAGAACGGCGAAGUGGACGACGGGGUGGACAAGGAAAACGCCGGUACGCCUGCAAAGUCCCUCCAGUCUGGCCCCACUGGCUCGGCUAAGAGAAAGCUUGGUUCCCACGCUCAGCCGUUGCCCACCAUUAAGAAGGCCAAGACCGGCAAUCUUCCCGUUCAGCGGCCCAGCACGAGCGGUGACGAGAACAGCGAGGAUGACCUCGAGGAUGAAAUUGACGAUGACGACGGUUGA